AUGCCAAACCCUUCUCCUCGUGAUCAUUCUUCAUUGUCCUCUUCCCAACCCGACGUCGAUGAACGAAUUAUUUAUUUACCAAAUUCAAUUUUUAAUUUUCAUUCCACACAAACCAUUGAUGAUGUCAUUGGCUUCCCGAUCGGUCAAUAUCUUAUCAUUAUUGGCAUUGCGUUAGCAAGUGCCAUCGUAUUGAUCCUUGUUGUUCCUUCCGUGCUCUCAUUUGUGAUUUUAUGUAUUGUGAAAUGUACUGUGAAUACUGACAGAUAUCAAAAGAUGCCAAAUGCGGAAGUGGAAUUGGCAGAAUUAUCGACCAUGGGAUCAUCAUUUUUGAAUCAAUAUUCGAACAUGACGAGUUUACGUUCAGGUUGGCAACGUUCCAUUCAUUCAAGAGUUUUUGACACCACGUCCAAAGAUUGUUGUUGGUUACUUUUAUUGGUAAUUACUUGGAUUCCAAGAAAAUUGUGUUGGUGUGGAUUAUUGGAAGCUUGUUGUGUGUUACGUUUAACAAGGUAUCAUGUCAGAAAUAUGAGAGUUGGAAAUAGAAGACUUGAUUUGGAUAUUUCCAAUGAUUGUAAUGUCAUGACAUGUGUCAGUGUCAUGAAUCAUUUGAUGAAUUUUUACACGUGUGGAUUGUGGACAGCUUUGGGAUUAAUGCAUCAUUUCUUUUAUUCAAAACUCGAUCAGAGAUUAAUGUGGAGAGAUCGAUUUGAAGAUCAAGAUCCAGCUAUUUCUGUUCCUAUUGGUACUCGAGUAUCUGUCACUCAUCAAAAUCCAGAAAUGGGAAAUCGUUCCUCAACUAUUUCCACCACUGUGACUCAUCAAAAAAUUAUUUGGUACGAAACUGGUGCUACUUCAUUCCGUUGGUUCAGUGCUUAUUGUGGAGAAUAUAUUGAACUCACGCAUUGGUUCUUUACGGUUUUAAAUAUUUUACUUUUCGGUUGUUUGGGACCUUUUAUUAAGGCAUGGUAUUUAAGACAUCGAAUGAGACAUGUGACAUUUGGCGGGAAAGGAGAAUUUGUGUUAGCUGAUGAGGUUACCGAUCGAGUCAUGUCUCGAAUUGAACAUUCUCCAAAUCGAAUCAUGUUGAGAAGUGAAUUGCAAGGAUGCGAUUUGUUUGUGCGAGAAUUCUUUUUGAGAAUUUUGAAUUUCUUGACAUUGGGAUUGUUUGGUUGUUUGUUUGGAGAUAGUUUUAUAUUGUCGUUUAUGGAUGAUCAUGUAAGAGUGGUAACAGAAAUGUAA